GCUAGUUAGCUUACCAGUUACAAGCUCCACCAUGUUCCACGGGGAACGGGCUCCUCUUUCAACCAGUGGAGACGGUCUAGUCCCCGUUAACCGCACGAGGUCAUACGGCAGUCUUGUACAAUCCAACCUUUCUCCGGUACGACAAAGACGAAUUGAACACCUAGUUCAACCAGGAGAGACGCUGCAAGGACUCGCGUUGAAAUAUGGAGUAUCUAUGGAACAAAUCAAAAGAGCAAAUAGACUGUACACGAAUGACUCGAUAUUCUUAAAGAAGUCUCUUUCUAUCCCUGUGCUGUCAGACUACAACAGUGAUGCUAAUAGUGGGGUUGAUGUGACUGAGGAGGACUCAGGCCAGGUACAGGACAGUGCAAGUAAAGAAGGCUCUACUCAAAAUGGGAAGCCAGUGAACAACUCUGAAAAGACACAAGAAGGCAUAUCAGAACUUUCUCCAAUGAAUUUCUUAAAAAGGAUGGAUCGUAUGAUCAGCCAGUCCAAGCAAGCUGUGAAAAGAUGCCAAGAGGGAGAAAAACGAUUGACAUCUUUGGAAGCUUGUGCCACCAGCAAGACAACAGACCGUCGAUUUACAAGGUCAAACAGUGCCACGGUUGUCACCUCUCCCAGAAUGCAUCAGCAAGCCAUACUUGGUGCAUUGCCCCUCACCAUCACCAAAUGCACCAAGAAACUGAGAGAAAGAGAGGAUGAGAUCUUUGAGUUGUGAUUUCAUUGCCUCUGUCAGGCAGAUCAUGGGACACAUGUACUAAUGCAUAAAUCAAAGGGAUUGGCUGCCAAGCUAAUCUGGCAAACAGAUUUAGGAGGGUUCUUAUUUUCACUAACGAGUAACCUGCUGCUCUAUGGACUUGGUACUUGAAAGUUGGUCGUUAGCACUGUUGAUAUAAUUAUUUUGCUGGGAGGAUGAGUUUCAUUUUGACAAUACACUACUGGUCAAAAGUUUUAGAACACCUACUCAUUCAAUGGUUUUCUUUAUUUUUACUAUUUUCUCCAUUUGUAGUGAAGACAUCAAAAUUAUGAAAUAAAACGGAAUCAUGUAGUAAAUA